AUGCCCACCACAGCUCAAAAACAAAUGUUGAUUGACGUAAUUGCUACAAUAUCAACGUUAGCAGAUUCAGAGGAGAAACAAACAAUAGUUGCACAACAAGUUUAUUGGACAACAAGUGUUCUUGCUGUUGUUGAUUCUUCACAUAUUUCAACAUUUAUUGUCGCUUUAAUUUUGAUUAUUUACGGUAGUUUUCGAUCACUUGAACAAGAACGUUUGAAAGAUAUAAAUAGCAAUGAUAAAUGUGGUCUUUUGAAUUCUUCAUCAUCAUCGAAUGGAUUACAAUUAUCUACAAUUGAUUCAUCUAGUCAGCCACAUGUAAUUGAUACAAUACAUGCAAUCAUUUUACCAUUGGGUGCAUCAGCAUCACUAUUAAUCAUGUUCUUUUUUUUUGAAUCAAUUCAAACAAUUUUUGUUGUGUGUACAGCAGUUUUAGCAACAAUGGGAUUUGCUUUUCUUCUUUCACCAUUUUGUCGAUACCUACUUCGUUCCUGUUCAGAUAAUAGCAAAAUAUCUUGUGGUGUGUGUGGACGUUAUACAAGUGCAGAGAUAGUAUCAUUUUUUCUGGGUAUUCUACUCGUUGGACUGUGGAUUUUGACCGGUCAUUGGUUACUUAUGGACGCGAUUGCGAUGGGUCUAUGUGUCUCAUUUAUCGCACUCGUGCGUUUACCGAGUCUCAAAGUAUCCAUACUGUUAUUAGUUGGUUUAGUAAUCUAUGAUGUAUUUUGGGUUUACUUUUCACAAUAUUUAUUUAACGCAAAUGUGAUGGUGCGUGUUGCUACAAAAGAAGCAGAAAAUCCUCUGGCAACACUUGCAAAAAAAUUACAUUUGAACAGAAUUAGUACUCCGAAGUUAUCCUUACCCGGAAAAUUAGUAUUUCCAAGUAGCAUUCAACAACGAGGACGAUUUUCAAUGCUUGGAUUGGGCGAUAUAGUAAAAAUAGUUAAAGAAAUAUUGAAACAUGUUAUAUUAUCUGAUUUACUUCUAUAUUUAGGAUUAUUAACUGCGACACUCUCAUCGGAAGUGUUUAAAUGCGCACAACCAGCCUUAUUGUUUCUUGUACCGUUUACUUUAUUGCCACUACUCAUAGUCGGAUAUUUUAGAAUGGUGUUUAGUUCGUUAUUAUCAACUUUGAGGUCGUUCAUUUAUUUAUUACAAUCGGUCCAUUCUCGUACUACAGUUGUAGUCACCUUAGCUACGCUAUUCAUAUGUCUAAUAGUAUUCACAAUGGCUGGUCAAGCCGAUUCCAUGGCACUUCAAGCUUAUUGUUCAUUAUGCAUAUUUGAUUUAUUAUUUAUUGGCACAGCACUAGUUUCAUCAUGGCAUCUAAAAACGAUAAAAUCAAACAAAAUUCAUAAUCAACAACAACAACAACAACAACAACAAUCUUCAGCAACAUCUCUUUUUAUUCCUACUCAGACAAUUUCACCAUUUUCUUACGGAACUGCUCGUUUUGAGGGUAAACUAUUAGCCGUAUUUACCUCUACAAUGUUAUCAAUCUUGGGCGCAUUUUUUAUUUUAAAAGAAUCAAUUGAAAAAUUUAUUGAGAAUGAAUCCAUCAGUAUUAAUUAUCUGAUGCCAGCAUCGUUCAUGACAUUUUUCAUCCAUUUUGUUGUAAUUUAUUUUGUACCUAAUCAAGCAUUCGAUCAUGUUAUCGCCGCUUCUUCAUCAAGCUGGUUACAAGAACAUAUUAGCGAUAUGUGCCAAAAUAUUUGCCAUAUUAUACCGGGUCUUAGUCGAUUCUUAUUACCACGUAUCAAUCCAUUUACAUUGCUGGGCUGGUGUGGUCUGUUUAUUAUGUUUAUUAAUUCACUUUUAUUAUCGUUAGAUUAUGGAAAUUUUGUUGAUACAUUAUCAUCAUUGUUGAUGGCAUUUAUGAUAUUCGGUACGAUGGUUCCAAUGAGUAAUUAUAGUGGAAAAAUUCUGUUACAAACUACACCUCCUCCAGUUAUUGCACAAUUAGAUAAAUGUUUACAUGAAGCAUCAAGAUUAGAUGGUGUGCUAGAAUUUAGACAUGAACAUUUUUGGGCACUAUCCUUUGGUACACUAGUCGGUUCGUUACAUGUACGGUGUAGACGAGACGCUAAAGAAGAGUUAGUACUUGCACAUGUUUGGAAUAAAUUGGCAAAUGUUGUACAAAUUUUAACUAUUCAUAUAUUCAAAGACGACUGGUUGAGACAGCAAACACAUCAGUUUUUAAAAUCACAAACAAUGGGUGGUGGUAAUAUUGGAGUAACUCAAGCAUCACCCGCAAUACUUACUCCAGUUAUGUUAACUUCGACAACAAAACUAGAAGAUCAACAACAACAGUAUACUCAAGUAAUUAAUCCUACAUAUUCUAACACACGGAUUCUCAACCUACCGACAAACGGACAGUGA